AGAGAGCUUUGUUCCGCCCCCAGGUGGCUCGAUCGUUCUGUUGAGCUGCAGCAGGAAAGUUCUUUUAACUUUCAUUUCCGGCACCAGCGGAAGAAAGAAGACAGAAAUCCAAGCGAAAGGAUUAGAAAAGUCCUUCUCGUGAGGGAAUUUUGGUUGUGUCUUGUAUUCUGCAUUCUAGGAUCGAUUUUGGUAAAAUGUUUAAAAGUUUGCCUCGAGAGAGCGAUGGAUGUCGCCACAAUGUCAGACUGGUCAACAAUCACUGGACAGUGGUGUGAGCCAAAGGCUUGACACGGAGAUCACUAAGAACAAUUAGUGUUUUGAACAUCUGAUAUCUCCUUUUAUUGCCGACACUUUAUAAGAAAACAAUUGCUGCAGUUGUAUAGGCAUCAAACCUUUGGUGAAUCCAGCAUUAUGCCAAAACAAAUGGAGAUGAUCAACUUGUCAUUCCUGACAGAUAAAGAAAAGGAAGCAAUAAUCGCAGUUCUCUUCCGAGAUGAGAAGUUGCGUUCAUAUGAGGAGAAGCGAGUAAGAAAGCUGAAGAGUGAGCUGUUGGAAAUACGGCGUAAAGGAGCGAAACGUGGCAGUCAGGACUACAGCAAUAAGACUUGUGCCCGAUGUCAGGAAACACUCGGCCGCUUUGUUAAAAGCGGAAAUGUGUGUAAGCAGUGUAACCACCUGGUGUGUAAGGAAUGUGGCAUUACAGAUGUAGACGGAAGAUGGAAAUGCAAUGUGUGCAUCAAGGAGGCAAAGCUAAAGAAACAAACUGGAGAUUGGUUCUAUGAAUACCGAGCAAGAAGGCACAGUACUGAUUUUGGUAGUGAUAUAAUCAGAGCAUCAUUAAGAAGGAAAUAUACCUUAAAUAAGCGAGAGACAACAGGACAGGUAUUACUACAGAAGGCUUUGGCCAAUGACGCAAAUGCAAAUAUUGCUGCAAAGGGAAGGCAGAAGACCUCUCAAGAUGAAGGUAGAGUUUCUAGCAACCUUUCUGAAUCCCAAGAGGCUACUGAGCAACCAAGUGACACAGAAUCCACUGGGCAUAUCAGCAUUAGCAGCUACAAGAGCAACUCGCAAUCUCCCUCCAAGCACAACACACCCAACAAUUCCAGGCGUAGUUCGUUAACAGAGAGCAAUGCUGGUAAUGUUAAUGAAUUUGCCAUUUCUAAGCCCACAAAUACUGGUAGCAUGACACUUCCAGCCAUGACAAAGUCAACCACCGACAUCAAAAUCAACACACAGUCUGACUUGGACAAGGAAACUCUCUCAAAAAGACACAGCAAAGUUUCAACGGAUGAAAGUGUUUCAGAGAACAUGUUUAAAAAGAAUGCAAAAAGCAUUCUGAAGCCUACAGAUUAUAGCAAAUCUGUGGUGGACCUUCGCAUAUCGGAUUCUGCAAAUACAGGUGAUUCCAUGGGAGACCGUAGUCAGUCAGUUCCAGGUCUCAAUGUGGAUCAGGAGGAGGAGGAAGAGGACAUUGAUAAACUGGUGAAAAUUCACCGUCUGACAAAUGCUCGCCAAAGCCUGAAGAGUGGCACUUCAGUUAGUACAAUAGGCAGCAUGGUCAGCAUCUACAGUGAGGCAGGUGACUAUGGCAAUGUCACAGUUACUGGGGAGAUCGUCUUUCUUCUUAAUUAUGAUCAAAAGAAACAAACACUUAAUAUACAUGUGAAAGAAUGUCAUAACCUGGCUUAUGGGGAUGAGAACAAGAGAAGAUCAAACCCCUACGUGAAAUCUUAUCUUCUACCAGAUAAAUCCCGACAAAGUAAACGAAAGACUACAGUUAAACGUAACACAACUGAUCCCGUCUACAAUGAAACCCUACGGUAUGACAUUACAGAGUCGCAGCUAAUUAUGAGGACGUUGCAACUUUCUGUCUGGCAUUAUGACCGUUUUGGGCGCAACGCUUUUCUGGGAGAGGUGGACCUCUCAUUAGAUAUUUGGAACUUCAACAGUGAGUCUGAGGAGUGCCUUCCCCUUCAUGGUAAGGCAAAUGCAGAGACUGGCGUUAUCCCUCCAUAUAAAGGGGAAUUGGUACUUUCAAUAAAAUAUAUUCCAAUGGCUAAAAACGUUGCUGCAGACAAGACUAAAGGAAAGAAAACUGUAAGGUCAGCAGAGGGUGGGGAACUAUAUGUGUGGAUUAAGGAAGGCAAGAACCUUACACCAAUGAAAGUUGGAGGGACGUCAGACACUUUUGUCAAAGGGUAUCUACUACCAUUCAGAACGAAAACAUCUAAACGGAAAACUCCUGUAGUGAAGAAGACAUUGAAUCCUCACUAUAACCACACCUUUGUGUAUAGUGGUAUAAAGCUUGAGGACUUGCAGCAUGUUUGUCUGGAGCUGACCGUCUGGGACAGAGAACCCUUGUCCAGCAAUGAUUUUCUUGGAGGAGUUCGCCUUGGAGAAGGAAAUGGAAUUAGCAACGGACAACAAGUGGACUGGAUGGAUUCAACAGGGGAGGAGAGCAACAUUUGGCGAAGGAUGACGCAGUACCCUGGUUCGUGGGUUGAAGGAACAUUAUUACUUCGUCCACACAUGACUGGGCACAGCUAGUCAGGGAACAACAUAUAGAAGUUUAUUUCCAGAUAGUACAUUCUGAAUUACUAGAUUGCUACCAGAGAAUUGGUCGAGUUCUUUGGUUUAAAAAGAAAUAUUGAAGGCAUAUUUUAUCCCUGAAACAACAAAAUUUCUAUCACACCAACAUUUGCUGCCAAAAUGGAGGGAAUAUCUUUGAUUAGAAACAUAUAGGAUUAGUUCCAGGAAUUCACAGAAACAAGAAUGAAACUUGUACUAGGUUUAGAUCUGACUAUGUCAAAGGUGAAGGAGAAAAGAAAAUUUUAUGUUAAGAAAAUUGAUUCUUGCAGCAUGUAUGCAUUUGUUUGUGCUUCUUUUCCUUGCCAUGUCUAAUAAGCCAGAUUAGUAAUGAAGGUGACCAUAGUAAAUUCAGUCCCAUUCCUUAUGUUUAAUUAUUGGUUAGAUCAUUGGAUAUGGAUCUCACAUUCGGAUAUUAACAUUUUGGCUACUCAUUCAAACUACUGCUGUACUUCACGUUGGUUUUGUUGUAGGAAAUUGUUAGUUGGAAUUUUCUUUUGCCCCCACCAAGACCUAAACAUCAGUGAUAUUCUCUUAUUUAUCAGAAAACUGACUAUUGCCUCCACACUAAUUUUAAUCAAUCUAUGCAGAGCUGCUAUUAGACACCUCUGGAGCAGGUGGGACCUGAACCCAGGUCUCCUGCCCCAGAGGUAGGGAACACUACCACUGUGCCACAAGAGCCUUACUCUGUGGCAAAUUUGUAAUGUCAGUAUUCAUUUCAGAUUCAACAAUCAGAAUUAAAUAAUUGCCUUCUCUUCCUCUAAUUACAUGCAUUGCCACAAGAUUGUGAAGCUAUCGCUGCUGCAGAUACACACCAAACAGUCAGAUGUAAUCAAAAUAGCACGCCAAUAGUGAAACUCUGAGUCUAAGUCAACUUGAGAAACUAAGAUAGAGAUUGUAAUUUGUUUAGUUUCAAUCCAGAGAUAUUCACAUUAAGUGGCAUAACAAAAACCUGUAGUUAAGGAAGACAUUUAUUUGCAAUGUUCUACACUAAUUUACUAAGCACAUGGAACACAAGACUAUAUAGAAGUAGAUUAUGUAAAGUUUACUUGGGAGAUGGAAGAGGUCAGGGUAACUGCAAAUUUAACAUAUAAUAAAACUGGGCUUCUUACACUUGAAACUAAAUAACAUGUUUGUAUAACAAUUCCUAUUUUAACGAAAAUGUAUGCAUUUAAAUAAAUUCACAACUUUGUUAAAAUA